AUGGAGGACACGGCCGCGGCCCCGCUGGGCAGUGAGCCCCACUAUUACUACGGGGAGGCGACCGAGAGCGGGCCGGGCACGCAGUGCGAGUGGCCGGCGGACUGGGAGGUGUCCGUCUCGCUGCUGCCCGUGCGCUACAUGCUGGUCUUUGUGCUGGGGCUGUCAGGCAAUGGGCCGGUGAGCUUCACCGUGUGGUGGGGCCCACGGGCCAAGCGCCGCUCCGCCGACACCUACGUCGGCGACCUGGCGCUGGCCGACCCAGCCGUCGCGGUGAUCCUGCCGCUGUGGGCCGCCUACACGGCGCUGCGCUUCCACUGGCCCUUCGGCUCAGCGCGGCGCAAGCUCAGCAGAUACCUGGUGCUGCUCAACAUGUUCGCCUCCGUCUCCUGCCUGGGCUGCCUCAGCCUCCAGCGCGACCUGGCCAUCGUGCGCCUCCGCGCCGCUCUCGCUGCCCGCGUGCUGCCCGCCCUGCUGCUGCGCGACACACAGCCCGGCCCGGCCCACAGCCGGAGUGCCGCCCCUGGCACUGUGCCGCCCCGAGCACGCGCUUGCUUUGCUGGUGCCCAGCGCCGGGCCUGUGGUUUAUAA